AUGUCCCGUCAUCGUAUUUUGAACUGGCUGGACUCUGUCAGUCCGGUUCACGACGAUCGGAAAUCUGAGCGACCACGCAAGCGAAGGCGUCUGAAGAAUGAGCCUUGCUCUCGUGAGGAUUCUGACCAGAUACAGGCCGGGGAAGACACCGAUGGUUUGCGUCCGCCGACCCCCUUAGCAUCGCCUUGUGGAUCUGCGCCUCUGGCCGGACUCUCCAGCAUGCCUCCAAAGCAAAUCAGCGACCAUCACGACCCCACCGACGAUCGUUCACCGGGGCACGAUCAACCGUCGAAUGCCUUGGCCGACACGCAGUCCAAUCGCACGCCUCGCACUUCCCGACGGUCUGCCGUGGCAGCCGCGUUAGGCGAUGACGAUGUCUUCCCCCGAGCGUCGUCCCUGCCCUCUGGAUCCCAACUCUCUUCAUCCAAGGCGUCAUCCAAAGCCCCAAAGAUCUCUCGCAAUUCAUCUCCCACGAAACAACUACGGAAUGCGGAACUAGAUCAAACAGGGUUUCUGAGAGCCAGUCUCCGGGACCAUCAAAAACCGAAAUCUCUACAGGGAUUGGUGGACGACCUAAGGAAGAUCCAUGGUGGCUUUGGUAUCCUUCCCAGGGACCUGGAGAAGGAGCUGGGACCCCAUGCUCCGCUGUUACCUCACACACGCGUCUGGAACUUUGGUGACAACACCACUUAUGGGGUCGCUCAGUUACCCUGUACCACGACUGUGAAUAUAAUAUACACCUUGGCCGAACGAUGUUUCACGAACAAUCACCCCGAAUCCUCGUGGAACAAUGACGUGCACUCGCGGGUUCUGGACUGGAUUCUCCGGGACCGUCCCGGCAAGGAUGACCUGGUCGACUACCGAUGCUGCCUGACGGCUCAGAUCUGCCCCGAAUACCAACCGGACCACUCGCCGCCGAAGAUGGUGGACUAUUGCGUUUGCAUCGAGCCGGAGAGGGACUCCCCGCAGUCCCGCGCGGUCGAGGGGCUCUGCCGAUGGCUUCCGGGCCAGUCUAUCAACCAUACCGACUGGGCCGACCUGACUAAGUAUCCCAUCGCGGUCUCCAUCGAGACUAAAGGUCCUAGCAUCGGCUACGAGACCGCCCUGCUCCAAGAGAUGGAGUUUCUCCCCGGCAUUGUGGUCAUGCAGCACCAUUGGUGGUUGGUGGCCACGGCCCUGAACGAGGACCAGAAGGCGCAGACUUUCGAACGGGUUCUUCUGGGGGACACGGAAUCCAUCCUGGGAAUCUACAAGUUGACCAUGGCACUCCAACGGCUUAUCAAGUGGGUCCGGGAUGAACAUUGGCCGGCUUUUCAAUCCAGUAUUUUGGGUCUUUGA